AUGGCCAUCCUCUUCAUUCGCGUUAUUGGCGGUUCUAACGAAGGCUUGGCAAUCGACUAUUCGUUAGCUGCCAAAAGCGUCGGCGCAUUCUUGGGAAUCCCGUUAGGAGCAGCACUAUCACUGGGUAAGGAGUGGUACGGCCGGUACUUCCUCAAAUGGAUUGGCUCGAUGUCCUUGAUCGGUCUCCUGUUCACAAUCUUAGUUCUGUUCGCCUCACAGGGAAGGCAGGUAGUGCAUCAGGUUGUGUCCGUGAUACGAGUGGCUGCACCGCUCAUCAUGUACUUUACUGUCAUUUUCAUGGCCACCCUAGCAGUGACGCGUCACUUUGGUUUCGGUUAUAAGCUGUCUUGCACUCAAAGCUUUACUGCGGCUAGCAACAACUUUGAGCUUGCAAUUGCAGUGGCAAUAGCAACGUUUGAUGUUGACAGUGACCAAGCCCUAGCGGCGACGGUGGGACCCUUGAUUGAAGUUCCCGUCCUUCUGGCUCUGGUGUAUGUCGUCAAAUGGUUUGCCAGGAGGAAGAAAUGGACUUGA